CUAGAUUGGUAAAAAUUAGCUACCAACUGUCCUAAUGAGAUUUGGUACCCUAUUUGUAAUUAGGUUUGGCAUUUAGAAAAUUUUAAAUUAGUUAAAUUAAUUUGUGUAUAUUCAAAUUUAAUCUUGCAAAUACCGUUCUUAGCGAGAAUCCCCGUCUCUGUACAUAAAUUAAAAUUAGGCUCUUUCCUUUUCCCUCUUCCUCAAAUUUUCACCCAAGAAAACCAGAUACCGUUUCUUUUCGCUGAUCAAACUCCUUUGCAUGGCGGCGUUGUCGCAUUCCUCCAAAGGAAAGACCUUGCUAUCUCGCCUGAAAUCCUUUCUUGCUCCAGAGAGGUUGAAGUGCAGCUUCGUUGCAGACGAGGGUCGAGCUCAUUUCUCUUCCGAUACGGGUGCAUGCUCUGGCUCAGGUCAAGUUGAGAUUUCAAAAUGGAGAAAGAUAGAUUCCAGGAAUUUGGGGCUAAGAAGGUCAAUGAUAUCUAUUCCUGCUUCGGUAGUUCUACGGAAUCUGCGAGCUGCAGGGUUCGAGGCCUACUUAGUUGGUGGAUGUAUUAGAGACUUACUUCUAAAUAAAGUACCAAAAGAUUUUGAUGUUAUCACAACAGCAUCACUUAAACAGGUCAAGAAGAAGUUUCAGCGUGCAAUAAUUGUUGGAAAAAGAUUUCCUAUCUGUAGGGUCAUCAUAAAAGGCUGUUUAGUGGAGGUAUCGAGUUUUGAGACUGUAGCUGUUAAAUCCAAAAGUAAACAAGUUGACAUCUCUGAAAUGCCGAAAGGUUGCAAUCCAAGGGACUUUGCUCGCUGGAAAAAUUGCAUGAGCAGAGACUUCACAGUUAACAGCUUGUUUUUUGAUCCUGCGGUAAAUGUCAUCUUUGACUACACAAAUGCAAUGGCAGAUUUGAGGUCUUUGAAGCUAAGCACAGUAAUACCAGCUCAACGGUCUUUCAAAGAAGAUGAAGCCAGGAUUUUACGUGGGUUAAGACUUGCAGCUCGUCUUAACUUAUCGUUUUCGAAGGAGACCGAGGUUGCUUUAUACAGUCUCUCUUCAUUGGUUGCCAACCUUAGCACGUCUAGAAUAGGCUUGGAGAUGAAUAAUAUGUUAUCAUAUGGAGCUGCUGAGCCCUCCCUUCUUUUGCUUAAAAGGUUCAAUCUGCUUGAGAUUUUGCUUCCAUUUCAUGCAGCAUAUAUUUCUGAGCAGGUGGAUAAUCAGCUUGGCAUACGUUCCUUAAUGUUAAUGGUGUUUGUAUCCCAGAAAAUGGGGCAAUAUGUGAAGAAUAUUUUUAACAUUUUGACGAGAGAUGUUGAAACUAUAAAGGCGAAGGAAAGAAGUGGAGGGAUAGAUUAUCACUUGCUGAAAGAUGGGAACAUAUGUGAGAAUAGGUUUGUGCUCGGUAAGAUAAUAUUGAGAACUCUUCUUUACAGAAAUACUGCAGAAAGAGGAUCCGUAAAAGCCGAAGAAGACGACAAAAUGCAAGUAACGAAUCCACCACAGAAGUCGGUUAUUAAAGAGAUUCCGCAACAUUCCGAUAAGAAUGUGAACGAGAAGAGGAUUUUGAAAGAUAAUAAUCAUGUAAAACCUAAUAAGGUACAUGAAAAUGCCUCUGCGCUUUCUAGUCUAUUUAAGUGAGCUGAGUCGGAUUAUGUGCAAAAAAAUGUAUUUGAGGAUGAAAGAUUUUUGAAAUCCAUUUUGAUCAGAUUCAUAUAUAUUUUGAUUUUCUUUCUUCUUCGUCUCGGAUUAUAGGAUUAGAAGAUAUGCCAGAGUUGUUGCGGAUGUUGUCCGGUCAAAUGUUGUUCUUGUAAUUCAAAGCAGUACAUGUUGUGUUAGGUUCAUAAUAGGAUAUCGCUGGAGUAAAAUUUAUUUUUUCGGUUA